AUGUGGCACCCGCACCCAUUGGCGGGGCUCUCGAGUGUCUUCUUUACCCUAUUGGACCCAAGCGCUUCGACCCCUGAUGAUUCGCUGACAUCUCUCAGACCUGCUGUCAGUCUGAACCGACCCUCUAGAGCUAGAGUAUCUUCACCCCGCCGACAUCAUUUCACCACCUCGACCCAUUCUCAUGAGCCUUCCCCUAUACCUCCCCAUGGAGCUCUGUCCAUAUUCGAGACUGCACCUCCCUCCGCUCUCCCCGAAGCACUCCAAGAAGUGAUCGGAUCAUCUUCCUCCUCUCGACACGGUGACAGUGUCGGGACGCCUGGGAUGGACAGUGCGAUGACUACCGAUAAAGACAAGGAGGGCGAUACCCUCAUGAGGGAGGCUGAUCAAGGUUUCAAUUCGAGAUUGAGAUCCAAGCGUUCCAAGGAGGAAGUCGUUGUCAAGACCGGGAUCAACGCGAGUGGGAAAGGCGUCAAGGUAUCGGGACAUGUCAAGGAAGCUGGGAAACCGCUACGAAAGAAGGGCAAGGGAAGAGGCGAUCAGGAUAUACCGAAUCAGGACUUUUGUUCAGCGUGCCGAGGCACCGGUAAAUUCCUUUGCUGCGAUGGAUGUCCUCGAAGCUUCCACUUCAUGUGUCUUGAGCCCCCAUUCAAGAUCGAUGAGCUGCCCCAAGAGGAGACAUGGUACUGCAAAAAGUGUCGGGCAGAAAGAGUGAGUGGGGAAGCCCAAACUCCAGCUGAACUUUGGCAGUCCCGCGACGUUGCAUCGCCAGCUCGCAAUCGUGAUCCGCGGCCUAUUCCCAUGGUCUUCCGUCAGCUUGUCAAGCGGGUCGAGGAGGAGAAUCCGACGCAAUUCCGUCUACCAAAUGACAUACGUCAAUUCUUCUCGGGCGUGGGAACCGAUGGCAAAGGAAACUACUUUGAUGCUGAGGAAACGAGGACGAAGUAUGAUCGCAAAGGCUUCCAGGAGGAGCGUGACGGCACUAAGCUUCGAGAUGGCCGUUCGAAGCACGUCGCGUGCUAUGCCUGUGGGGGCACAUCGAUUCCUCUCAAAUCCGUCACGACCGAUCCAGGAGUCGCCUGGCGUCAGAUUGUCUCUUGUGACUAUUGUGCUCUUCACUGGCACCUCGAUUGUUUGAACCCCCCUCUAGCCACUAUGCCCAAUUCCGGACGGAAAUGGAUGUGUCCGAAUCACGUCGAUCAAGUCAUCGCUCGUCGACGAACCUUACGGAACAACCUCGAGACGAUCGAUGUGGAGUACCAAGGCCAGCCCAACAAUGGCAAUAUCACUAUCCUUCCUGAUGAUCAGCGUAAAGAAACAUUCGAUUAUGAAGAUAUGAUCAUCAAUAAGAGGAAGUAUCGAGUUCCAGAGAAAAUUAUCAAGCUCGACUUUUGGAACAAAAUCCGUCAGCGAGGAGGGUGA